CCACAGAGCACAGAGUGACAGAGCAAUGAGCAAAUUCCAUUCACAGAGUGUUCAUUGGUUGCCAGGUAACCAUAAGGUGCAGCCAAGAGAGAUGAGCCUGUAAAGCCACUGCUCAUGUAUAUAUAGCAGAGCAGCAUGCAAGACACAAACAAAGCUACUACAGACAAAUACGUAGAUCUGCAGAAACAGAAUCCGGAAAGAACAUCCACUGUGAAUCUUGGGUAUCAUCCUGAGCAGUCUCCAUUACGCUCUUAUGGACCUCAGUGGAACCGAGGCUCAUAUCCUCCUGGUGGGUCUCGAUGCAGCUGGGAAGACCACAGUUCUGUUCAGGAUGAAGCUGAAUAGGGCUGUCUGCACUAUCCCUACAAUUGGAUUCAAUAUGGAAACGAUUGAGCCCAUUCGUAAUGAGUCCUUCACCGUCUGGGAUGUCGGUGGCCACGAAUUGAUCCGACCGCUGUGGAGACAAUACUCUCAGAACAGACAUGGACUGAUCUUUGUGGUGGACAGUGCUGAUUCGGAGAGAUUUCCUGAAGCAAAGAGUGAACUUGAAGCCAUUCUUGAAACUGAUGAUAUGAGAGGGGUCCCACUUUUGGUGAUGGCCAAUAAGCAGGACCUUCCAGGUGCCAGGAAAACACUGGACGUAGCCGAGGCACUGGGACUGAUGAAGAUACAGGAUCACCAGUGGCAUAUCCAGGGAUGCUGUGCUGCAACAGGGGAUGGAUUGGUGGAGGGGCUGGAGAUCUUCACCAACAUGGUGAAACAAUUCAGAAGCCAUACUGAGUUGGGAGUAAGAGCAUCUUGUCUGACUUGAGUGCAUGCUCAUAGCAAAACUCAGGUCUGCAUUUUGGCAAACAGCACAAGCUGUGAGUAAAUUUACAUAACUGACUGGUGGCAAAUAAAAGAGUGCAAAAACAUUUUUAAAAAUGACCUUUCAGCUCACGUUGACUUUUCUAACUGCUGAAAAACUACAUUGAAAGGUGAUGGAAUGGGAACCGGAACGCUCGAAUUUAUGGUCCACAGUUUGGACUUAUUUAACUUUUACACACUUUGUUGGCAGAAUUUUGCCAGAGAUUUAGGAGAAUGAAGCAGAAAUUGAAUGAUUCUAUAGAAUGUGCAUAACAAUGUUAUACCAUGUGCCAUAUUUUUCAUAUAAUGUUGCAUUAAAUGUUAUUGUUAAUUUUACAAAUAAAAUCUAUAACUUUUUCCACAAAGAAAAAUAAUAUAAUGUUCAUCUCUGAAAAUGUUUGACAAAGGAGUAUAUUACCUAUACAAGGAGUUAAAAAUCAAAUUGAAAAAUUUAGAGCAAAAAUUGCUAAGGUAGAAAUAAAUAUCUAUCUUUGUUGCAAUAAGUUGAUUGUGAAUUCUCAGUUUACUGAAUAGAACCAUAACUAUUUUGUAGUACUGCAGAUGGCCAGAGAGGGCACCUUGCACAUUAUUUUCCUCUCCAACUCUUUAAGAGUCUGAUCCACAAUUGCUUGCAUGUAAGCAACGCUCUCAAGUGUCCCAAUUUAGGAAGGACAGUCCCUAUAUUGGGCCCAAAUGCCUCAAUCCAAAUGUUGCUGCUCUCUAGGUGUGUCUGGGUGUAUAAUGGAGCUCCACAGGAAUAUGAAUAAAUGUGUCUUACAACUAUUUUAUUUAUUUAUAAAAUAUUUUACCAGGAAAGAUACAUUGAGAUUUCUCUUGUUUUCAAGUAUGUCCUGGGUCCACAAAACAGUGCAUUGAUACAUUAUGGUACAAUAAAAUACAAAAACAAGGGGGCGGAGCCUAGCUUCCAGGCUGAGCAGAUGUUCCUGGACAGAGCUCCUGGGAAAAUAGAUGCUUUAGGGGAAAAUAACCCCCCAAACCUGGCACAUCUGCCUCCUGGAGGGCUAUCAGCAAGAAGGGGACACCCGGGUGUACUCAUCGAUACCUGACUUACCUUUAUCACCGCCCGGGACCAGAGAUACCCUCCAGAGGCCUACCGAGCUCCGAGCCGGGGUGAGACGGCCGCUCUCCCCGCUCAAAGGACCACACAGACACACACACCUUUGGACUGGGGCGGAUAUCCCGGUCUACUCUAAAGCGUCUGGAGCAAACCGCUUAGACCGGGUCUUCAGCAUCAAAACUUCAGGUUACUUACAGCUUAUGUAACUCAAGAUGGUGGCUGCUGACCACAACCUGUGCCACAGUCAAGGCCCCAUACGCGGGGAAACCACAGACACCCUGCAGCGCUUGGAGGAAAUUUUUCUCCGCUUCUGGGAGAAACUCUGGGAGCAGGAACAGAAAACGGAGACCAAGCUACAAUACCUGAAAGACAGGAGUGAGCAAGGCCGCAUGCAGCGGGGUAGGAAGGUGUCACCCUCGGACGCAGCGCCUGUGGAGGCAUCCAAGCGGCAACAGACCAUCAGGCCCCCCAGCGCUCACACAAGUGGAGGGAACUCAGCCUCUAAGAACCGAGUUAGUGGCAAAGAGAUGCGGACCUUCACACCAGGCUGCGGCUGGAGGGACACCUACAUCCGAACCUGUAUAGCAGCGGCACGCCAAGACCCACCGACAGACUCCAUGUGUUUCCCAGCAGAGGGAGUUGGUUGACUGGGACAGAUACACGCAUACAAUCCCAUGUCUCCAGUGAUCAGCUACACAUACCCGUGGACACCUCACACAGACAUGUGGAUUCAUCUCCCAGGGGCAAUACCUCUUAAAGCCUCAGGUGACUUUCUCUCUGAGCUCCAGACCGUAGUGCAAAGAAAUGGUUGGCAAAGUCUGAUAUGUCUGGCCAGUCUAAUACUCCCACAGACUCACACUAGGUGGACACAAUCUCAUAUAAGUUAUAGCAUAUGGCAACCUAAUAUGUGGACUUGAGAACUACCCUAUUCCUCUGCAACUUUCCUUCCAGGCAAGGAUCGUCCCCUCUAACUAUUCCACUGCAGCUUUCCUUCUAUGCAUAGUAUGAUGCAACCCUUCUCCAGGCAGGGAUCGUUCCCUCUGCCUAUUCCACAGCAGCCCUUCUUCCAGGCAGGUAUCCACCUCUGCCUCACUGGCCUAGCUCUCUUGAUUUAUCCCAGAGCUAGUGGGAUCGUGUAGCCAGCCAACAGGUCCGAAGACUCUGUUACUGGGAUCCCCUAAAAAUCCACACAGGACACAAGUUCCAAAAGGGAAGCCUUUGGGGACUAGUUCUUAAACAUUUGGUGACAAACAUUUAACAUACAAAUGAGCAGUUACAAUUAAUACAUAAACUACAUAUAACAACAUUUCCAAACACAAUACAAAAAAACAAUAAUAUAUACAUUUAAUCAUGUAUGUGGUUGCCCUAGUUUUUAUACCAGAAUUAUGCAAAUGUUCACACUUUCAGGGACUCCUGGGACCAGGUCCAUAGUCUGUGGGUCUUUGGCCACUCCAGAAGGCCAUGACAUGAGCGCUUCUGUCACAAUGAUUAAAGUCUUUUUAGACACAGUUCUUUACAAUGUAUAUUAACACACUGCCCAUGUGUCCCUAUUUAGGAGGAACAGUCCCUAUUUUGGACCCACAUCACUCUGUCCCUCUUUUCUAUCCAAAUGUCCCUCUUUUCUAGGAGCUCCAUAAUUUUGGUGUCCCUGAGUGUAUACCAGAGCUCAACAGCAAAAAUACUCCCAAUAAUGUGGCUUUAAACAAUAAAUAAACAUCAAUAAGUGGAUUUAGAAAUCAGUCUGUUUAAAUAAGAUACAUUGUUCUUGUGCUAUAUUGCAUUUUAGUUGCAGACAUUAUUAUCAGUAAGAUACCUCACUUUCCUGGACCAGCUGCUUGCUAAAGUGUCUUAGAAUCGACAGUCACUGUAUUCAAGGAACUACUAUGAAAAGAAAACAUAUUUGUAUGAACUUUUGUAAACAUUGUUUCAGUGCAAUAAAGUUAUUUUAUUCUGGGCCCGAAGUCAUCUUUUCUCUGCUGAGGUCACUUCCUGUGUGGCUGUCAGCAGUGUCGAUGUCAAAACACAUCUUUGGAAUCCUCCAACAGAGCACAGAGUGACAGAGCAAUGAGGAAAUUCCAUUCAGAGAGUGUUCACUGGUUGCCAGGUAACCAUAAGGUGCAGGAAAGACAGAUGAGCCUGUACAGUCCCUGCUCCUGUAAAUAUAGCAGAGCAGCAUUGAAGACACAAACAAAGCUACAGACAAACACUACAAGCAGAUCUGUACAGACAGAAUCCAGAGAGAACGUCCACUAUGGGUAGCUUCCUGAGCAGUCUCCAGUCUCCCAAGGUAUUGCAAAUGGGGUAUGUCCAGUCUUUUUUAGUAGCCACUUAGUCACAAACACUGGCCAAAAUUGGCAUUCAAAUUUGUUUUUGUUGUUUGCAUUUUUCUCACACAAACAAAUGUUAACACUAACUUUGGCCAGUGUUUGUGACCAAGUGGCCACUAAAAAAGACUGGACAUACCCCAUUAAUACCUUGGGUUGUCUACUAUUGCAAAUGGUAUGACAUCAUUGGGGUAAUUCUCAUUCCUGGGCUACUAUACGGUCUCAAAGGCAACAUAACGAAUCUAGCGAAUUUCAAUGUGAAAAAACUGAAAAAUGUAACAUGCUAUAUUUGACCUUGUAACUUCCCAAAACACCAUAAAACCUGUACAUAGGGGGUACUGUUUUACACAUGAGACAUCGCUGAAUACAAAUAUGUGUAUUUUAUUGCAGUAACAGCUAACAGUAUUAUGACAUUCACAGUUAACCCCUUAACGCCGUUAUGGCGUUCUAUGCCAUCCCGCAUUAAGUGGGCUUUAAAGCCGUUGCGUCGGCAUAGAACGCCGUAAUGGCUUUGAGCCCUGAAAAGCCCGGGAUACUUACCUACCCGGCGCUCCGCUUCGGAAGGACUGCCUCACAGCCCAGGCAGCCCUCCCACAGCAAAAGAAGCCCCCGGGGGCCAUGUGAUCGCUCUCUAAGAGCGAUCACAUGGCCCCCUAUAGCUGGCUGUGGAUCUGCUAGCAGGGGGACUGUCUGAAAUGUCAGACAGUCCCCCUGCUGGUCGGCAAGUAAAAAAAAUAUUAUUAAACAUGUUAUAAAAUAAAUAUAUAAUAUAUAUAUAUAUAUAUAUAUAUAUAUAUAUACACAUAUUAUAUAUGUAACGUCAUACAUAGUGUAUUUUAAUAUUAAUAUAAGUACAUAUAUUAGUAUUAAAAUACACUUAGAAUGACGUUACAUAUAUAUAAUAUGUAUAUAUAUAUAUAUUAUAUAUAUAAUAGAUAUAUACACGUAUAAUUACAAUAAUAAAAUUUAAUAUACAUUAUAUAUUCAUAUGUAAUUUCAUUCUAACUGUAUUUUGUUAUUAAUAUAUAUAUAUCUUUUAUGUAAUUAUAUGUGUAUAUAUAUAUAUUUGUGGUUAUUUGUAUUUUAUAUAUAGAUAGAAUGACAUUCUAUAUAUAUCUAUCUAUAUAUAAAAUACAAAUAACCGCAAAUAUAUACACAUAUAAUUACAUAAAAGAUUACAUUAGUAUACACGUAGAAUUUAAAUACCUAUAAAUGCAUAUAUAUUAAAAUUCUACGUGUAUAUUUAAGUAAUCUUUUAACAUAAUUAUGUGAUUUGAUUAAUUAAAAUUUGAUUGAAAUGCCUGACAACACAGGGAGAAAGUGCAUUGAAUUUAAUUCGCAAGCAUUAUAUUUGACCCUGUAACUCUCCAAGACACCAAAAAACCUGUACAUAGGGGGUACUGUUUUACUCGGGAGACUUCGCUGAACUCAAAUAUUAGUGUUUCAAACUGGUAAAUUGUAUUACAACGAUGAUAUUUUAAGUAAAAGUGAAGUUUUUUGCAUUUUUUACAAACGAACAGCACUUUUAUGGACUAUAUUAUUGUUGUAAUAUGUUUUACUGUUUUAAAACACUAAUAUUUGUGUUUAGUGAAGUCUCCCAACAACAACAGUACCCCCCAUGUACAGGUUUUAUGGUGUUUUGGAAAAUUAGAGAGUCACAAAUAAGGCUUGCAUUUAAUUUUUUUUACAUUGAAAUUUGCCAGAUUGUUUAUGUUGCCUUUGAGAGCGUACAGUAGCCCAGGAAUGAGAAUUACCCCCAUGAUGGCAUACCAUUUGCAAAAGUAGACAACCCAAGGUACUGCAAGUGGGGUAUGUCCGGUCUUUCUUAGUAGCCACUUAGUCACAAACACAGGCCAAAUAUUAGUUUUUUGCUUUUUUCACACAAAAACAAAUAUGAAAACUAACUUUGGCCAGUGUUUGUGACUAAGUGGCUACUAAAAAAGACUAAACAUACCCCACUUUCAAUACCUUGGGUUGUCUACUUUUUCAAAUGGUACGCAAUUAUGGGGGUAAUUCUCAUUCCUGGGCUACCACACCGUCUCAAAGGUAACAUUACUAAUCUGGCAAAUUUGAAUUUGAAAAUGAAAAGUUCUAUAUUUGACCCUGUAACUUUACAAAACACCAUAAAACCUGUUAAUGGGGGGUACUGUUGUACUUGUGAGACAUCGCUGAUUACAAAUAUGUGCAUUUUUUGGCAGUAAAACCUAACAGUAUUAUGACAUUCACAGCUAAAAUGUCAGACGGAAAUACAAAUGUAAAACAAAAAUAAUCCUAUUUUCUCACACUUUUUAAAAUUUUAUUCAUAAUAAAUUAUGUUCCAUAUAUGAAUAGUUAAUGAUAAAUUAAAGCCCUGUUUCUCCUGAACAAAAUGAUAUAUAAUAAGUGUGGGUGCACUUAAUGUGACAGCGGUGAAUUACGGUUGAACAGACAUAUAGCGCAAAUUCCAGUUUUUGUUUACGUUUUGUUUUGAUCAGAACGUGCACUAUUGACUCCGUCCUGAAGGGGUUAAAAUGUGACGUAGAACUAAAAAAAAUUUUUUAGAAAUCUUAUUUUCUCCCAUUUUUACAUAUUUUAUUCAAAUUAAAUUAUGUUUCAUACCUAAAUAUUUGAUGUUAAAUGAAAGCCCUGUUUCCCUUGAAUAAAAUGAUAUAUAAUAAGAGGUGAGUUAGGGUUGAACAGACAUAUAGUCAAAUUCCAGAUUAUUUUUACGUUUUGUUUUGAUCACAUGUACUUUUGGCUCAGUCCUUAAGGGGUUAACCCCUUAAGGACACAGCUUCAGAAGCUUGACUUACGCUUAAUGACACAAGCAAUUUUUGCAUUUUCUUGCUGUUUGCGUUCAACUGCAAUUUGCAUCUCUCUCAUUUAUUGCACCGACACAUAUUAUAUACUGUUUUUAAAGGACAGAAAGGGCUUUAAUUUGAUAUAACAUAUAUAUAUAUAUAUAUAUAUAAAUGCUUACUUAUUAUAAAAAAAAUACAGAAAAAUGCAAAAAAAAUGAAAAAUAUUGUUUUUACAGUUUUUGCAAUAAUAAUGUGUGCAUAAUUAGUGCAGGUUAAGGAAAGUAAUUAAAAAUAAAUUUAUUUAUUUGUUCUGAUUUACAGAAUAUAUAAUGUGUCUGGGAUUUUAAGUUUUUUUGGUAGUUACAGGUCACAAAGCACAAGGAGUAAAAUAAAAUUUUAAUGUGGAGCGAUUUUAGAAUUUGGUAUGUUUGUCUUGUAAGCUUAAUAGCCAUAAAAGAAAACAAAAUUGCCACAAAAGUAUAUAUUUAUAUAAAGUAGACAUCACGGGCUAUUUACCUAAGGUUGUUUUGACACUUUCUACGUAGCCAUUUCACCGCCAACCUCUGCUAAAUAUUGGAGUAAAAUUGUGUUCUUUUUGGUUUUUGGUACACAAACUUAUAACAGAGAAAUUCUCGUGUAUAUUUUGUAAAGUUGGUGUGUGCUAUUCCUGUACAAAGUUUUAUUUUGUGUUCAGUUACAUCUGCUGAGUAAAAUGACACCCCCAUUGUAUGUCUUUUGCACUAUUUCGUGAAGUUACAGUGCCAUACAGUAUACCUGUCCUUUUCAGUAUUCACAGUAGAAUUUUGAGAGAUGAAUUUAAUGAGCCUUAGCUUCCAUUUGGGGUAUUAUAACAGUUUGACUGUUCAAAAAAACCCCACAAAGGCCUACCAUUUGUAAAAGUAGACACUUCAGGGUAUCUUAUAAGGUGCAUAUUGUGCCUUAACAUGCCCCUAUUUUUUCACCAAUAUAUGCCAAAGUAUGUGGUAAAAAAACAAUUUUGUGCAUUUUUUACAUACGGAUUGCAUUUUUGCUGGGCAUUUUGUAUAUUUCAUAUGUGCCACUAAGUUCAAACCCCCCAAAUUAUGCUCAGCUAAGUCUUCUGAGUAAAAUGACACCCCAUAUGAAUGUCUUUGGCACUAUUUCCUGAAGCUACAGUGCCAUAUAGGAUACCUGUCCUUUUCAGUAUUCACAGUAGAAUUUUGAGAGAUGAAUUUAAUGAGCCUUAGCUUCCAUUUGGGGUAUUAUAACAGUUUGACUGUUCAAAAAACCCCCACAAAGGCCUACCAUUUGUAAAAGUAGACACUCCAGGGUAUCUUAUAAGGUGCAUAUUGUGCCUUAACAUGCCCCCAUUUUUUCACCAAUAUAUGCCAAAGUAUGUGGUAAAAAAAAAUUUUGUGCAUUUUUUACAUACGGAUUGCAUUUUUGCUGGGCGUUUUGUAUAUUUCAUAUGUGCCACUAAGUUCAAACCCCCAAAUUAUGCUCAGCUAAGUCUUCUGAGUAAAAUGACACCCCAUAUGAAUGUCUUUGGCACUAUUUCGUGAAGCUACAGUGCCAUAUAGGAGACCUGUCCUUUACAGUAUUCACAGUAGAAUUUUGAGAGAUGGAUUUAAUGAGCCUUAGCUUCCAUUUGGGGUAUUAUAACAGUUUGACUGUUCAAAAAAACCCCACAAAGGCCUACCAUUUGUAAAAGUAGACACUCCAGGGUAUCUCAUAAGGUGCAUAUUGUGCCUUAACAUACCCCCAUUUUUUCACCAAUAUAUGCCAAAGUAUGUGGUAAAAAAAUUAUUUUGUGCAUUUUUUACAUACGGAUUGCAUUUUUGCUGGGCGUUUUGUAUAUUUCAUAUGUGCCACUAAGUUCAAACCUCCCAAAUUAUGCUCAGCUAAGUCUUUUGAGUAAAAAUACACCCCCAAUGAAUGUCUUUGUCACUAUUUUGUGAAGCUACAGUGCCAUAUAGGAGACCAAGCCAUAUCCGUUUUUACCAAACUUUGAAUUUUGACGCUGGGCCUAUAUGCAAUUUCCAAGCAUCUUCGCAGGUUUUAAAUUCAAUCUACCCCACAAAGGCCUACCAUUUCUUAAAGUAGACACCCCAGGGUGUUUCAAAAGGUAUAGUUUGAACCUUAGCGUGGGAUCAUUUUUCCGCUAGCUUGUACCAGAUGUAGUGGUAAUAAGCAUUUUUUCUGCCUUUUUGACAUACAAAGUGAGUUUGCGCAGCAUAUUUUGCAAACCUUAUGUGUGCUACGACUGUAUAAUACUUCAUAUGUUGCUCAGCUAUGUCGGCUGAGUACAGCAAUACCCCCGUAUGUACCUUUGCCAGGUAUGUGUGGACAUCGGAGGGGCACAUUUGGGACACAGCCAUUCCAGUUUUUUCAAACUUUGAAUUUUAUGCUGUGCCUAUGUCCCAUUUUAGAGUAUUUUACCAGGCUAUAUAAUCCAAAUUCCCCAUAAAGCCAUACCAUUUCUUAAAGAAGACAUCCCAGGGUAUUUAAAAAGGCAUAUUUUGAACCUUAGUGUGGGAUCAUUUUUCCGCUAGCUUGUACCAAGUGUAGUGGUAAUAAGCAUUUUUUCUGCCUUUUUGACAUACAAAGUGAGUUUGCGCAGCAUAUUUUGCAAACCUUAUGUGUGCUAUGACUGUAUAAUACUUCAUAUGUUGCUCAGCUAUGUCGGCUGAGUACAGCAAUACCCCCGUAUGUACCUUUGCCAGGUAUAUGUGGAUGUUGAAGGGGCGCAUUUGAGACGCAGCCAUUCAGUUUUUUUCUAACUUUGAAGUUUUACGCUGUGUCCAUGUUCCAAUUUGGAGUAGUUUAGACGGUUGGUUAUUGAAACUUCCCCACAAACACAUACUAUUUAUUAAAGAAUACACCCUUGGGUAAUUCAAAAGGCGUAUUUUGAACCUUGGCGUGGGAUAAUUUUUUCUCUAGUUUGUUCCAGGUGUAGUGGUAAUGAGCGUUUUUAAAAUGUAUUUUUUUACUUUUUAUAACUUUUUUUUACUUUUAAAAACUAGUUUUUAAACUUUUGUUUUGCUUAUAAAUUUUUUUUAAACUUUCCUAAACUUUCUUAAAACUUUUUUACAGAUUUAACAUUUUUCUAAGCUAUUUUUUUUACUGUUAACCCCUAACUAGCAGUACGCAGCACUAACAGUAAAUUCCCCAUUUUCCCAUAACUCCCACCCACCCCAGCUAGCAAAAUAUAUAGUUAUAAAAUAUUUAAAUUAAUUAAUUAAAUAAAUUGAACCCCUGAGGGUUAAAAAAAUAAAUAAAAGUUAAUCCUCAGGGGUUAAAAAAAAUUAGAUCACAGUAUAAUACUGUGAUCUCUAUUUGAUCGCUGUAGGCAGUGAUCGACUGGCAGGGAAGGGGUUAAUUUUUAUUUGGACUAGGUAAAGUGUGUUUUUUUGUUUUUAUUACUUAAAUGUUAUUAAAACAUUUUUUAAGCUUAAUUUUUAACUUUUUAAAGUUUCUUUUAAAACUUUUUUUUAACGUUAACCCCUAGUUAGCCUAACGCCAAAUCCCCCAAUUCCCCACUAACUUCCACCUACCCCAGCUAUCUAAAUAUAUAAUUUAAAAAUAAUUUAAUUAAUUAAUUUAAUUAAUUUAACCCCUGAGGGUUAAAAAAAAAAAGAAUUAACCCUCAGGGGUUAAAAAAAAAUCAGAUCAUAGUAAAAUGUAAUCCCUGCCAAUUGAUCACUGUAGUCAGUGAUCAAUUGGCAGGGAAUGGGUUAAUUUUUUAUUAAAAUGGGUAAGGGGGGGGACACUUUAAAUUAACUUUAUUUUUUUUUCCAGCAGGGGGCAGGAUCAUCACUGAUCCGGCUCCCUGCACUUCACACAGAACCCGGAAGUGCAGGGAGCCGGUAGGUGAGUAUACAGAGCACAUGUGCUCGCUCAGACUUGUGGUCAGAGCGAGCACAUGUGCUGGGCAGCUGACCGGGUGCUCCCGGUAUGCCUCUAAUGCAGAGGCAUACCGGGAGCACCAUUAACCCCGCGAUCGCCGCGAUAGCGGCGAUCCGGGGUUAAUUUUACCGCGUGACGGACAAGGUCCGUCACCCGUCGUUAAGGGUCUCCCCUGUGUGACGGACCUCGUCCGUCACCCGUCCUGAAGGGGUUAAACUACAAUACAUGUGUUUAGAAAUCAGUUUGAAAUGUUGGGAGGUAUGGUUUAAGAUGACAGCAGUGGAGUCCAUGAUUUUGUAUGCAUUGUUUUCUAGCAAUAAAGUUGUGUGCAUUCCUGAGGUUAUUGGCAUUUGUUGCUGUCACUUCCUGUGCUGCCUUCAGAAUUGGUUGUUGCUGAAUCUUCCAGCAGAGCAGAAAGUGACAGAAACGAGGAAAUGCCUUUCAGUCUCACCUUUCUAGGUCACAGAUAAUCAGUGUUCAACUAAAAAAAUAUUGGUUCACAGACAGGGGAAGACUGGCAAGUGGGCAGUUUCCCCCCCUAGCUACUUGCAUGCAGGAGUUAUCAAUCUUUGUAAAUAAGAUACAUUGUUCUUGUUCUGUAUUGCAUUUUAAUUGCAGAAAUUGUUAUUAGUAAGACACCUAACUUUCCUGGAGCCGCUGCUUGCAAAGGUGUCAUAGAAUCAAGUCACUGUGUUCAUUGAACUAAUAUGAAAACCAAACGUGAUUGUAUGUAACUUUGUAAACUUUGUGUCAGUGCAAUAAAGUUAUUGUAUUCUGGGGCCAGAGUCACCCUCUCUCUGUUGAGGUUACUUCCUGUGCUGCUGGCAGCAGUGUUGAUGUCAAAACACUUCUUCAAGGAAUCCUCCAACAGAGCACAGAGAGAGUGACAGAGAAAUGAGCAAAUUCCAUUCAGAUAGUGUUCAAUUGUUGCCAGGUAACCAUAAGGUGCAGCCAAGAGAAAUGAGCCUGUACAACCACUGCUCAUGUAUAUAUAGCAGAGCAGCAUGCAAGACACAAACAAAGCUACUACAGACAAAUACGUAGAUCUGCAGAAACAGAAUCUGGAAAGAACAUCCACUGUGAGUCUUGGGUAUUAUCCUGAGCAGUCUCCAUUACACUCUUAUGGACCUCAGUGGAACCGAGGCUCAUAUUCUCAUGGUGGGUCUCGAUGCAGCUGGGAAGACCACAGUUCUGUACAGGCUGAAGCUGAAUGAAACGGUCUCCACUAUCCCUACAUUUGGAUACAUUGUGGAAACGAUUGAGCCCAUUUGUAAUGAGUCCUUCACUGUCUGGGAUGUUGGUGGCCACGAAAAGAUUAGACCACUGUGGAGACAUUACUCUCAGAACAGACAUGGACUGAUCUUUGUGGUAGACAGUGCUGACUGGGAGAGAUUUCCUGAAGCAAAGAGUGAGCUUGAAGCAAUUCUUGAAAAUGAUGAUAUGAGAGGGGUCCCACUUUUGGUGAUGGCCAAUAAGCAGGACCUACCAGGUGCCAGGAAAACACUGGACGUAGCCGAGGCACUGGGACUGAUGAAGAUACAGGGUCACCAAUGGCAUAUCCAGGGAUGCUGUGCUGCAACAGGGGAUGGAUUGGUGGAGGGGCUAGAGAUCUUCACCAACAUGGUGAAACAAUUCAGAAGCCAUACUGAGUUGGGAGUAAGAGCAUCUUGUCUGACUUGAGUGCAUGCUCAAGGAAAACUCAGGUCUGCAUUUUGGCAAACAGCACGAGCUGUGAGUAAAUUUAAAUAACUGACUGGUGGCAAUUAAAAGAGUGCAAAAACAUUAAAAAUAAAUAAAUUUUAAAAAUUACCUUUCCGCUCAAACUGACUUUUCUAACUCCUGAAAAUCUACAUUGAAAGGUGAUGGAAUGGGAAACGGAACUCUCAAAUUUGGUUCACAGUUUGGACUAAUUUAACUUUCAAACACUUUGUUGGCAGAACCUUUUGCCAGAGAUUUAGGAGAAUGAAGCAUAAAUUGAAUGAUUCUAUAGAAAGUGCAUAACAAUGUUAUACCGUGUGCCAUAUUUUUCAUA